AUGAUUGUGUUAUUGACUUUGACUAUUAAUGGAACAAGUAGCAAGUAUUUAGUGAAGAUUUUAGGCUUACACCAUGGUACAAAAGAAAGUGAGAUUGUUCUUUUACGAGCAUUCGAACGUAUCGGACGACAAACAUCGUGGAAAUUAGCGAAAAUGAAAGAAGACGAAAAGUUUGCAGAUGUUGAUUGGACGAACUUAACCGAAUACUUGCUUGACAAACUAUUGGAAGAAUUAGAUGAAGAAAAUCACACAAAUCAUCAUCAACAAUUGUCAAGAACAAAAGAUGAAAUUUCUUCAAUAUCUACUCGACAAUCAUUCCAUCAGAAUACUCUUUUGGAUUAUGAUUUACAAAUGAACUCGAUCGUUGGAAGAGGGAAAAAUUUCGUUCCACUGAUAAUCGAUGAUAAUCAACAUGAUAAGAAUAUUCGUAAUGAAUUAAUCACUCGUUUCCUUACGGCGAUGGCGAUUGAUUAUGAGAAUCAAUGGUAUUUGGCUAAACAAAAAUGUUCACUUGAACUUCAUUGGAAACUCAUUCUUGAACAUUUUCGAUUAUCAAUCUUUCGUCGAUAUCUCAUCAAAUUUGAUCGUUUUCGUUGUAUUAAUCAAUGGACAGACGGAUUAUUCUUCGAUCAUAUUUUCCAAACGAUUGAAUUGACUUUGAGUUUUCAUUCUGCUAAAACUCAACUUGAUAAUAUUCGUUUAGAAUUUCCCGAACUGAGUAAUUUGAACGAACGAAUCAUGGAUGGAAUCUGUGAUGAAGUGAAGACGUAUCAAAUCAAUGCUAUGUAUAUUCUUUUCGACUUAUGUNUAUUUUUCUUUAUAUAA